UCGUGGUGGUCUAACGUGCGUCUGUGGUUUGAGAAAAUGAAUCUCCCUAGUUACUUUCUUGGCCUGGUUUUCCUUAUAACAGUUUACCUUGAUUUAAGCAACUCCUUUGUGGCCUUUACAACAGCCAGUACCCAUGGUAUCUUUGCCGCAAUUGCUGUUCCGCUCGAGUUGCCCCAUCGAAAUGUGUUUGUUUCGUACAAUUUUGAGGCCAACUACAAUUUACCCGACAAAUGGGAGAAAUGGACAAUAUUUCAAAACGGUCCCAUAGAGUCGGUGGAAGUGGUGGAUAGUUCGGAUACAGACACAGCUUCGGAGUCAUCUCGAAAGUUGGCCAGUGGUUGCAAAAAUUGCACAGUGGACGAGAGUGAGGAUGGGGGAGGUGAAGAGCAGGAUGAAGUGGAGGGCACUACUGAAAUGCUUUCGAAAGAACGUAAAGUUAGAUCCCUGCUUACACGCUCAAAUAUCUAUCAUAUUUUCAUAGACAAACUAAGAAGAAGUGGUUUCCAGGGAGAAACUUGUUUACUUCGCCUGAUUUGUGAGACAAGUGCUGCUCAAUUAGAUGAAUUCAAUGGCGUGUUGGGCAGUGUAAUGCAUGUCUUAUUCAGUCCCAGCACUUCCGAGUCAGAAGAUCUACCCCUGAGAUACUACCAAGCGGAACACGAUGGCUGGAAUGGCCAUUGCCAUUUCUAUGAACCAGGCUGUGGCGAAAGUAUUCUGGAUUUGAUUUCACAACCUUUCGAAGAGAUUCUAAACCACAUUGAACUCAAUAAAAUAUAGAUCAAACAUACAUUCAUAAAUCUUUGGCUUGAGAAGAACCUACCGUUCGACCCAAUUUGUGUUACUGGCUUUUC